AUGGAUGACGAUGAGGACCUACCCGUCAAGGUUUUCAACGCAGGUAUGCGAGCGUUGAUUGAUGAGCUGUUUCCUAUUUCGAUACGAACAGAGAUGAGUUUCGAUAAGGUGGACCCUGGUAACGAGGACAAGGUUUGGUUGGGCGUUGCAUGGGAGGAGGAUAUCAUUCGGGGCGAUAGCUGA